AUGCCUUCACAAGGUGAAACAGUCUUUUCGAACAUGGAGGAAAUAAAGCCCUCUACUUCAUCCAAGGGAAAGUCAUCUCAACUCGAACUCAGUCCGUCUAGUCCCCUUAUCGAUAAUUUUCGCCAAUCCACAAUUGCUUUUAAGAUACAGCGUUCUUCUAAAAGUGAUACUAAGUCUACCUCUGUCACAGACAACGAAAAUAUUCCUUUGGAUGGGCCCGUGCCAAUUGAGAUUCCUAAAGGGAAGAAAAAUGGAACAUUACCUCCUCUAAAACAAACCCUUCUUCUGGAAAAAUCCCAGACUGAUUUAAAUGUACAGGUACCUUCCAAACCAACAAAGAAAUCAGCUAGAUCUACCAGAACCAGAAGACCAACUGCACGUCGUAGUGUUAGUGCAGCUGCGAGUACUUCCGCUGCAAGUAUUGGUCCCACGUCGGAAAUAAGUCAAAGUCGAGCUCAACAAGCCUGCUCCGUUAGUCCCAUUAAACAGCAGCGUCAUGCGCAGUCAUCGUCCAAACGCCUUCAACAGACCCAACUCUCUGACUAUGGUAUCAGACGCACUGCUCGACAAUUUGCCAAUGAUCUAAAGCAAAAGAAAGAAGCCGAGAUAGUGGCAGCCAUUCUUAAAGGCGAGGAAACUGGCAUGAAGGUAAUUGAGACUGAAGACAAAGGCCGUGGAGUAAUCACCACGAGGCUAUUCACUGAGGGGGAAUUCGUUGUGGAAUAUAUUGGAGAACUCAUUUCUGAACGCGAAGCCCGGGCUCGUGAAGUUGAGUACAAAAAGGAUCCCAACAUUGGCUCAUUCAUGUUCUUCUUUGCUCAUGGAGGCCAGCGAUACUGCGUCGACGCCACAAAGGAAACUGACAAGCUUGGUCGUUUGAUCAAUCACAGUCGGCAGCAUCCAAAUUGUAUUGUCAAGGUGAUACCAAUCGAUGGAGUCCCGCGCCUAUCUCUUUUUGCUAAAAUGGAUGUACCUCCAGGUGAAGAAUUGCUCUACGAUUAUGGAGACCAUAGCAAAGAGAGUUUGCUAGCCCAUCCCUGGCUCAAAAUGUAA